AAAACUGAAACGCACUCUAAAAUCAAGUCAUAAUCCCAUUAUCCGUGGGUCACUCUCUUGCUUUUUCCCACGAUCUUCACUUCAUCAGCAGACACAACAAUAUUAACAACUACUCCCCUGUUUCUCUCUCUCUUUACACAACCCACGUUCUUUCCCCCAUUAAACCCCAUUACUCACUCCAUCAAAUUCUAACUCUAACAUACCCUUUUGUAACAGUAGUUUUGAGUUAAAAGUUUGGAAAAGAAAAGGACAGAGAGAUGAGAGGAGGAGAUAUAGAAAGUAGGGGAGACAAAGACAGGGGAAGGAAUUAUGCUUCCUCGUAUGCAGUUGAAGAUCACAGAGAUACGACAUGGAUUUCUUGGUUGAUCCCUUUGUUUGUGGUGGCUAACGUUGUUAUGUUCGUUGUUGUCAUGUAUUUUAACAAUUGCCCUAAGCAUGAUAAUUCGGGCUGUGUCGCUAGGUUUCUUGGAAGGUUUUCUUUCCAGCCGUUAAGAGAAAAUCCUCUCUUUGGUCCUUCUUCUUCAACGUUACAGAGACUGGGCGCUCUUGAGUGGAAGAAAGUGGUCCGUCAGCAUCAAGGAUGGAGACUUAUCACAUGUAUCUGGUUACAUGCUGGUGUUAUUCAUCUGAUUGCAAAUAUGUUGAGUCUUGUAAUUAUUGGCAUACGCCUUGAACAACAAUGUGGCUUUGUGCGCAUUGGAAUUAUAUACUUAUUUUCAGGUGUUGGUGGGAGCAUACUUUCUUCCUUGUUUAUUCAGAGGAGCAUCUCUGUUGGUGCUUCAGGGGCACUCUUUGGCCUACUUGGCGCUAUGCUUUCGGAGCUUAUCACGAACUGGUCAAUAUACACAAACAAGGUUUGUGCACUCUUAACGCUUUUGGUGAUAGUUGUGAUCAACCUAGCAGUUGGAAUCUUGCCUCAUGUGGAUAAUUUUGCUCACAUUGGUGGAUUCUUGACUGGAUUUCUCCUUGGCUUUGUUCUGCUUCCACGCCCUCAACUAGGGUGGAUGGAACGUCGGAAUCGUCCAGCUGGUGUUCGUGUGAAUUCCAAAUACAAGGGUUACCAAUACGUAUUGGGCCUACUUUCUUUGAUGCUGCUGGUAGCAGGGUUUAUUGUCGGGCUGGUGAUGCUAUUCCGAGGGGUUAAUGGAUAUGAUCAUUGUCACUGGUGUCACUACCUUAGCUGUGUUCCCACCUCUAAAUGGAAGUGUGAUGGAAAUUAGAGAUGAUUGCAGAAUUUGGCUUGAAGAGUUUUCCACUUUGGCCUGUAAAGCAGUCAUUAGAUCAUUAUUUCUUUUAGCAUGUUUUCCUCUUUCUAGUUUUUAGCACUAGAUAUCAAGAUUAGUUCGUGUCAUCAUUUUACGGUUUCCCCCUCACUAAACAGACAGAUUCUCAUUAGAUAAUUCUUGUCGAUAAUUUUGCCUUGGAUAAAUUUAGAUGGUUUUUGAAGCA